CGGGGUGGGCGCUGCGGCGCCCGGGCGCGCGCGGACGUGCGGCGGGCGGGGCUGGGCCGUGGCGGGGGCCGCUGGCGGAGGGAAAGCGGCCGCACAGUCAGCGGUGGAAGCGGGCCGGCCAGGGUCCGGUUCCCCGCCCCCGCCCCGGGAGGCUCUGCCCGUGUCGCCCGGAGCAAGGCAGUGACCGCUCCACGCCGCCGGUUCCCCUUCUACGCAGUGCGGUUAGGAGAGCCUCGCUCGGCAGCCCGAGCGAGGGUUGACCGGGUUGGUGAGAUGGGCAUCCUUGGCUCGACCACACCUGAAACGUGACACUCCUGAAGGUUAAGAUGAAGAGUAACAGUAACAGCCAGCAUUUACUGAACAUUAACUCUAUUCCAGGCAUUUGACCAUGCCCCAAACCAUGAGGAAUUUACUGACUGACAAUGGCCGAAAAAAUCUUAGAGAAGUUAGAUAUUCUGGAUGAGCAAGCAAAGACACUCUUGGCUGUAAGAGCAAAGAAAAACUGCCUUCAGGGUAAAGUAAAGAAGAUUUCAGUGAUACCCCUGACAUUUGAUUUUCAGCUGGAAUUUGAAAAGGAUAUUGCUACUUCCAUAUCUGAGACAGAAUCAAAGAUCACAAAAGAUAGAUCACAUGGCAUUAAGAAAACAAAAAGAUAUGUCUCCUUCAAAAGUAUGCCUGAACCUAAAAAGAGUGAUUUUGAAAAGUCAAAUUUAAGAUCACACUUUGUACCAACAAAUAUAAAAAUUCAAGAGAUCAAGUCAAUAGAGCCAGUAGAAGAAUAUCUAAAAUCAAGAUCUAUUAGAUCUUUUCAUUUUCUAAAGGAUACAACUGAGGCGGAAUAUGCUAAGCCCUUCCCUGAGCUGUAUUCACACAAUAGACAACAAUGUAGAAGAACACUGGGUUCUACAAUCUUUUCUCCUGUACCCAGCGUUCAGUCUAAUACUUAUAAGAAGGAAAAAGACUCUAUUUACAGAAUAAAAUCUCCUCCAAAGAUGAAUGAUUUUAGUACGAAAGAAAAUAAAUCCAUCAAAAAUGAUCAGUUAAAUGAGUAUUCAGUAAGAAAGAAAAGCUUGCUCCCCUUGUGCUUUGAGGAUGAAUUGAAAAAGCCAAAUGCCAAGAUAAUCGACAUUUGUCCAGCAAAGACAGUAACGUCUCACAUGGAACAAAAUGAUACAAAUCCCAUAAUUUUCCAUGAGACUGGAUAUGUACAAAUGUUACUUUUGACAAAAAACAGGCUUCCUUCCCAUUCUAUGGAAAAUGGAAAUGGUUACCCAUAUAAAAGAUCAAAUAUUGUUUUAGAAAGAAAUUGUGAAAUGCUCAACUCUGUAGCUAGAAAUCAAUCUAUUACUCCUUUCAAACCCAAAAGAACUCUGCCUACAACACACAAGAAAGCUGUACAAGCAAUACCUUUUGAAGUAAGCCGUAAAGUUGUAGAUGAUAAACUAAGGAAGAAAACAAGUAAGCAGACAUUUGAAAACAUAUCUUGGAAUAAACUCUAUAAUUUUUCGCAGACGUUUUCCAGCCUAACAAAAAAAUUUGUGGGUUUCCCUGAUAAAACUGUUAUUCAAGAAAUGAGCGCAAAAAUGGGAAAAUCUGAAAAAAUGUUUUCUACAGUAAAACCAAUGAGCAAAUUCAGUGCCUUGCCUGUCAAACAUUGCUCAAAGCCUUCAAAAAAUAUACUCAAAGUCCAUAAAAUAAAUAAUGUAACACCAUUGGAUGAUUUGUUAAGCUUGUCAAGUAAAAAUUAAGCACCUCAUAAAAUAUUGUUUAUACAGCAAUAUUUGGGUAAUAAGAAGCAAAUAACAAAGUUCCAAGAUCAUAGAAGAGAUUCUUGUGUAAAUGCUAAUGUUCUAGUGGAUGGUAGAAGAAAACAAAGCAUAGAAAUUGGAAUUACAUACCAACAAUGGUAUAAUAUUUUCAGUAAAUACGAGGACAAAAUUAGGAAAUAAUGAUCAACAAGAGCAACUAGUUCAGGAAUUUCUCUUAUCUCAAUUAGAUCCCUCAAUCAUCAGCAGUCCUACAGUAAAGUAUGAUUCAGGACCAAGAAUGGCAUAGACUGACUCUGGAAAUUUGCUAUUGGACGCCAAAUAACAUCAAUAACCUUGCUCCAUAAUUGGAUAUCAAACAAGACAAAUAUACCAUUAACUUGAUGCCUGUGGAAUUAAUCAUAUAGCAGCAUUUUGGUUGGAGAGUACUUCCCUACUCCAUUGAUGUGGGCUUGGUCAUAGGACUUACUUUAACCAACAGAAGGUAACCAGACGUGACUUACAGGAUUCAGCGUUGCUCCCCUUACUCCUGCCCUCCACCAUGAGAACAACAUGUCUCAAGUAGUGGUCACUCCUUGAACCUGGGUGCCAGUGUGAGAAGACAUUUCCGAACCAAGGCGAGCUGAAUCCUUCAAAGCCCAGAAGCGCCUCAGCCAACGCAUAGCCCUCAUGUAACAUGACCAAGAAAUAAUUUUUUUUAUAUUGUAAGUCACUAAUAAAAUGUAAAAUUGUUUCCACAACAAGGGCAGACUGUUAUAAUCUCUUUGGGACUUUAAUCUUUAAAUUUAAUUUCUCACAAGAAAUUUUAUAGUGGGAGGGAAUUGUAUUCAAAAUUGGGCAUUUCUGUGUUAGCAUUUUAUUAUUAGAGUGUAUUAAUCUCACAACGGUACUUCUGACAACUUAAA